AAAAAGGUGGUUCCGUUAUAAAACACAAUGUAAUGUUAGUCCGUAACUAGCUUUUGGCCUUCGCUAUAUAAAUCAGGGAUCACUGAUAUUUUCGCGCACAACAAUGUUUACAAGCCUGCUGAUUCUCGUUCUGGGCUCGACCACAAUUUUGGCCACUGACUACAUCCUGGUGGUGGAGGAUCCGGACAUCUACACGACAUGCAGGGACGGACCUCCCGGGUCCCAGGGACUCAACGAAGCCUUCGAUACAAGCAAAAUGGUGGCAGAUAUGGACCCAGACGGAAUUCAUGUUUCCGGGAACAUUACAUCCAAAUGGAGUUUACCGCGAACAGAUCGAAUUUCCGCCAGGAUGAGUGUGAUGCACUAUAACCGCGGAAGCUGGGAACCGACUGUAUUUAACUCCCUCACGCCCGACUUCUGCGCCUCGAUGUUUGACCCCAAUAACUUUUGGUUUAAGUACUGGUUUAAAAAUUUUGACAAUCGCGAGGAGAUACAAGAGAAGUGCCUGGCAACGGCCGGCACCGUUUUGGUGUAUAACCCAUUCACUGUUAUUCCGCAACUAAAUAACGUCAUGGGGCCCACUCUCACAGGACGCUAUAAGGUGGUUUUCAUGUUCGAAGCAUUUGACGAAAAGGACGUAAGACGACCAGAAUCCGUGUGCUUUGAGAUCACAGGCGAGGCUGAGAAAAUUAAAAAGUAAUACCUACAAUUAAAAUAAUAAUAAUAAUCCUACGAAUUACGAAUAUGUAUUCUUAAUUUUGUAUUAAAUGGGUUCGUGUUAUAUAACCUGGCUUGCAAAAUAAAUCCUUCCGACCUUAUAAAA